CUCGAGCGCAGAUCUCGCACCACAGUUCAGAGUCGCGAAAGCCUUCGGUAGUUCACCGCGUCUCCCUGGAAAAGGGAGAACGGCGGACGGAAGAUGGCGGAAGCGAAAAAGGCACCUAACGGGCUAGAGCUCAGUAAGAAAUGGCAGGAGUCCACCGACUGCAGGUCGGAGAUUCUGUGUUACCUGACGGAGCAGGUGCCACAGAUCUACUGUCUGGAGGAGGUGCCUCAUCCCCAGGAGGAAGAGGAGAAGGCAACGGAUCUGCUGUUGCAGCCCCUAGAGUGCUUCCUUUUCGGGGAGGAUCCCCACGUGGGUCUGGAAAAACUCCAGCAGGACAGCGCCUCCUCCCAUCUCUGUGGAAGAGUGUUCAAGGAGGGGGAGACCACCUACUCCUGCAGAGACUGCGCCAUUGACCCAACAUGUGUCCUCUGUACGGAUUGCUUCCAGAACAGCGUGCACAAGGGUCAUCGGUACAAGAUGCAUGCGUCGUCGGGCGGUGGCUUUUGUGACUGCGGGGACUUAGAAGCUUGGAAGAUGGGCCCCUGCUGCCCUAAGCACGAUCCGGGGGCCACGGCUGCCAUGGAGACGGACGCAGACCAUGUCCUGGAACCAGGCCUGCUGGAACGUGCUGAGAAGCUCUUUCGUGUGAUUCUGCACUACAUUACCGAGCUACUGGUUUGGGAGGAGCACGACGAGCUCCCAGCCGAGCUACGGCCUCUCGUGCAUAAGGACACAUACUACUGUGUUCUGUACAAUGACGAGCACCAUUCCUAUGACCACGUCAUCUAUGCCCUGCAGCGCGCUCUGCAGUGUGACCACAGGGAGGCGCACACGCACACUGCACUAAUCGACAAGGAGGGCCGAAGAGCAGUAAAACGGGGGAGCCUCCGUUCAUGUCUGCAAGUCAAGGAGCAGAUACAGACCAACUCGGAGCAGAUUUCCUCUGAGCCUCUGCGUGUGGAGAUCCUGCACUCGGCAGUGAUGGCCCACCAGAGCUUCGCACUGCGCCUGGGCUCCUGGCUCCAGAAGAGUAUCCCAUACUCAGUGGGGUUCCGGCAGCUGUUUUGCCAGGUGGCUCUGGAGCCCAGCCAGGUUGCAGGUCAGCCGAGUCUCAUCAGCCAGCUGAUGCUGCAUGACUCCAAACUCUACAAAGUGGCACGGAAGGUCAUACACGAGCUUAUUGUCUGCAGCUUGCUGAUGGAGACCAAGUAUAAACGACUCUUUGCCAUUGAAUAUACCAAGCACUAUAAGCAGCUGCAGAAGGAUUUCAUCAUCGAUGACCAUGAGCGGAGCAUUUCCAUCACCUCGCUCUCGGUGCAGAUCUUCACCGUGCCGACUCUGGCCCGGCAGCUCAUCGAGGAGGGUAACGUCAUCAAGGUGAUUGUAGAGACUGUGAUGGAGAUGCUCUCGGAGCACCUGGACAGCAGCAAUAGAUUUCACUUCCAGGGACACAACGUGGACCGGUUCUACAGGAUCCAGGAUAUCUUCCACGACCUCAGGUACAUCCUGAUCAGCAAGCCCACGGUUUGGUCCGGUGAGCUCCGUGCACAGUUCUUGGAGGGCUUCCGGGCUUUUCUGAGAAUUCUGGCUAGCAUGCAGGGCAUGGAGGAGGUGAAGCGGCAGUUUGGCCAGCAUGUGGAGGUGGAGCCCGAGUGGGAGGCUGGAUUCUCCAUUCAGAUCCUGCUGAGGCACAUCCUCUCCAUGCUGCAGGAGUGGUGCGCGUCCGACGAGGAGGUGCUGUUGCAGGCCUUCAAAGACUGUCACAGCACUCUGUUGCGCUGCACCAACCAGCCCUUCCGCAGUGAAGCCACAGACUCCUACAUGUGCAAGCACAUCCUGAACUCGAGGCCCUACAAAGUUUCCGAGGAGCCCGUCAGCGUCUACCUGCCCGUCUCCAGGCUGCUGGCAGGCCUGUACGUUCACAUUUGCAAGAGCGGGGCGGUUGCUCGUUUGCAAGAAUAUCUUGAUGAGAUGCACUGCGACUUCGCAUACCUGGCUGAGCAUCCGCUGCGCUGUCUGGCCUUGGCGGCCCAGGUAUCCGCUGAGAUGUGGCGUCGGAAUGGGCUCUCGCUUGUCAGCCAGGUGUAUUAUUAUCAGGAUGUGAAAUGCAGGGAUGAGAUGUUUGAUAAGGACAUCAUCAUGCUUCAGAUCGCUGGGUCCAGGAUGGAUCCUAACGACUUUGUGAUGCUUGUGCUUCAGCGCCUGGAGCUCUUUGAGGUCUUUAAUGGCAGCUACUCAUCCAAAGACCAGGAGGCGCUGAAGCAGUGUAACAGGCUGAUGGAAGAGAUGCUUCACCUGCUCAUCGUCAUCAUAGGUGAGCGUUACGUCCCGGGGAUCAGUCAGGUGACCAGGGAGGAUGUCACCAUGAGGGAAGUGAUCCAUCUUCUUUGCAUCGAACCCAUGGCCCACAGCAGCCUGGUCAAGGGCCUACCAGAGAAUGAGAGCCAAGAGACUGGUCUAGAAAGUGUCAUUUCCAGAGUCGCCACAUUCAGGAAGCCUGGGGUUUCGGGUCAUGGCCUUUACGGGGUCAAGAAGGAGUGCCUUCAGGAAUUCAACCCCUUCUUCUACCACUACUCCAAGUCCCAGCACAGCAAGGCAGAAGAUGCUCAGAAGAAGAGGCGAGCUCAGGAGGGUGGUGAUAAAGGUAGGCAGGUGUGGUUUGGGCUGCUUUCACAGCUUCAGUGUGCAGUGUUUGGUAUUUACAGCUGUGGUGCUGUAGUGUGCAGUUGUUUGGUAUUUACAGCUGUGGUGCUGUAGUGUGCAGUUGUU